AUGCCUAUAAUGUAGGCUAUAGCCUUACUUGCGUGCGUCCAGUUCCAAUCUUACUGCGCAAAACAGAUGUCAUAUUAGGGCAAGGACUACUCCAGCUAAAUAAACGGAUCAUCCAGGAGUUAUGAAUAUCUAUUUUGCAAUAUUUGCAUUCAUGGCACCUGUUGUUAUUGUUAUGAUAACAGUAGGGGUAUCAUGUGUAAUUCAUCGAAGGAGACACAGUCGGAUUGAACGCUCGCUUCAAUGAUGGACGCUCUGGUUCGUGAGUAGCCUGUGUCUGUGGUCGUGUCAGUCUGUGUUUUGUCUGUGUUUACAUGUUUUGUUGUUUGUUGUUUUCCCGUUGUAGUUAUAGCCUAUGACAUUUUAUAGGCUACCGAUGAUGCAUGCAGACAAAUCUCCCCCUUACCCCUCCUUGUGGCGGGGCAGAACCCCCCCCCCCCCCCCCCCCCCCCCCUUUCAGUUUCUAUCCUCUCCGGGAGCAUCGCUCCGAUUACCAUGGAAGAAACCUUCCUAUCAUGGCGGCUAGAUUCCAGGUGAAGGUAAGAAAUGCGCUAUUCUGUAAAACAAGCUGGUGAGAGACAGAUAUCGCAUUGCACAGCAAUUUGCGCUGUAAUAGGCUAUUUUGGACAAAUGGCUUGUCGACAUCAGUGUAUUUUAAUCUGGUUGUUUUUAAGGUAAUUUACUGGCAGCCAUUUACCUGUACUGUUAAAGCAAAGUUUAGGCCUAUUUGGAAUUUAUGGAAGGCUAACAUACUGUACCUUUUUUUUCCCACAGUAAUUUACAGGUAGCUGGCUGACAGUAAGUUAGGGGAGACUGGGGAUGCUUGUAACACAGGUUAGUUGUAACACUCUCAAAAUCUCCAAUCAUGAACAAACUACAAUCAGGAUUCGCUGUGCACAUGCUCAGUUUAAUCAUCAGCCCUAAUGUGAAGAAGCAAGACCCAGUGAUAGAUUUUAUUGACACAAAUCUGAUUUUGAGGUAAGAAAGUCAGUUUUUUUACCAAUAAUUUUUUGCUGAUGGUAUCACCUGCUUUGUAGUUCGAUUCACCAAACUUAUAUCAGGUUAAAACCAGUGUGUAGCUAUUUCUUAUGUAAGUUAGCAAUGCUAGAGUUUUAACAUGUAGCUAAAAUUGAAGCUAGCUAAAGACUGCAAGUCAGGGUUAGUUGUAACAAGCUAAGGAGGUCUGGGUGCAGUCUUGGGAAUAUAAAUUAUGGGCCCACCAAGCCUGUACCCCAAGACUACCAUACCACUGUCACAACUAUGACUCUGAUUGAGUGGACAUGUCCAACAUUCACUCACACACACACACACAGAGACACUCACACACCACCGCUCUGUCUUUCUCAAACUCGCACGCACACACACACACACACACACACACACAGUUUUUAGUUGAAAAGGGCCAGUUAAUGGAACGUACAAAUAAUACAUGUUUUAUGAUUUGUAUUAUUAUUUUAUUAUUUCUGCCACACAAAAUGUUAAACAUGGCAAUGUUGUCCUCAUGUUCUCAAUAAAGGCUUUCAAUAUUUCGUUGCAUGCCAUUUUCAAACUGUUACAUUUAACCCCAAGCCCUUAUACCACUGUCCUGGGGAGUUGGGGUAAAUUGUAACAUUUCACUCCUUGUAUUUGAGACAAAGUCACACCUUGUCUGUUUGAUUUAGAGAGAUAAUACCUACACCAAUUUGUAGCAGACAGAUGUAAGUUGUUCGUAUCACAUUUUGAAUAUAGUAGCUCAAACAAUCUCUGACAAAUUGACAAAAAUGCAAAUAGUGUUAUAACCAUCCCUUGUCUACCAUACCUAAAAAUAACAGGAUUUUUUUUUUUACAGUGUGGAUAGUCCUUGUUUAAUCGGCCGAUUAGACUGAAGCGUAAAAUAUUACAUUGAUCAAUAGGGUAGAAUGCAGGGAUUUAUAAAAUAAAUCAUUUAAAAAUACUUUUGAAAACAGUUCAUUAUUCUUCAUGCAUGUGUCAUUUGGAACACUCAUCUACAUAGGGUACAGUUGUGUGACUGUUAAUGAUUAUUUCCUAAAGGUGUACUGUUCAUAAUUAUUUAGUUCUUUACUAGGCCUACACUACUUUUUCAGAAAAAUGUUUGAAAUAUCUCCAACAUUAAUUUACAUGCAUUCAAAACACGAGUUGAAAUGUCAGUUACCUGUGUAAAAUCAUCGGUCUGAGUAAACUGUUCAAUUUAGCAUGUAUAUUCUGCAUGUGGUAAGCGCUUACUUACCUACUUACUUUAUUCCUCUGCAGAACAUAAAGCAUUCCAAAUGUAAGCUGCUUUCCUAGUAGCCUACUUAUAAUAAUUUACACCCCCAGGAUCACCAUCAGUCUCAGACAACAUGGCACAGCCCACACCCCUGGAAGCCUCCCUGGGAGCCCUCAUCAUGGCAUUCCACAAGCACUCUGGCAGUGGAGAUGCUAAGACCCUCAGCAAGAAAGAGCUAACCAACCUCAUCAAGGCGGAACUGCCCUACAUCACUGGGGUGAGUCAAUGCAACAACUCGGGACAGUUUCCCAGACCCCCAUUAAGCUUAUAGUCCUGGACUAAAAAGCACUUUCAAUUAAGAUUGUCCAUUGAGCAUGCUUUUUUAAAAUAUGUAAUCUGCAGUGAGGAAACAGCGCCAUUGUCCGCAAUGUGGUAUAAAAAAAGAAAGAAAUGCAGUACAUAUUCUGUUGUUCUAUCGUGGCAACCUGGUCUCAGAGCAUUUCGUAUUAUUCUGUAUGUAAAUCCGAGAAGCACCAUUUAGUAUGAUAUGCUACAUUUGGUAUGGUUACAUAUGACAGAUUGUUACUUAAGGCAAAAAUGAAAGGAGGGUGGUUUGGUGGGCGUAUAAAGGUUGCGAGUUUGAGUCUCAUCACGGACAACUUUAGAAUUGUAGCUAAUUAGCAACAUCUCAACUACUUACUAUUUUUUAGCUACUUUGCAACUACUUAGCAUGUUAGCUAACCCUUCCCCUAACACUAACCCUUUAAACUAACCCUUCACCUAAUCCUAACAUUAACCCUUUUAGCUAACCCUUCCCCUCACCCUAACCUUAACCCUAUAACCUAACUCCUAAACUUAACCCUAACCCUAACCUUAACCUCUAACCUUAACCCCUAGCCUAGCUAACGUUAGUGAGCUAGCUAAAGGUAGCCACCUAGCCACUUAGCUAGAAUUCGUAACAUAUUGUAAAUUGUGUAUAUUCGUAACAUAUUGUAUGUUUUGCAAAUUCGUAACAUAUAAUACGGAUUGUAAUUCGUAACAUAUCAUACGAAAUGAGUGAUGACAUCCACAAAUUAAUACAUACCAUACGAAAUUUUACAUAUCGUACUAAAUGGAGGGUCUCGGAUUUACAUACGAAAUAAUACGAAAUGCUCUGACCAGGUUGAUCGCGCAUGCAAUGAUAUUCGUGGGGAAAAAACAGUGUUGUUUGCAGUAACUUUUUUGUUGGACGUGGCAGUUUCACCAUGAAGGAUUUCAGCUUUGAAGUCCAGGACUAGGCUUAAUCUGUGUUUGGUAACCUGGUCACUCAUGAGACAGCAAAUGCUAUUCUAAUGCUAUUUUUUAUUGUAAAGUGUUGUGAUUUUAAUAAAGAAUGCACUUGAAAUAAAGUUUAAUUGAGAUUGACUGAUUCUAUAUUGCAUGGAGUCUCAUUCAUUUAGUACUAAUGACAGCAAAGUAAAGAAAUCCUUAUGUAUUGUGUCUUCCUUGUGUUCUAAUCCCCUGCUUAUGUUCUCUUGACAUGAGUGAAGUGUCAGCCAUUCAGUGUGAAUGACAACAAAAUACAGAAAUCCUAAUGUAAUGUGUCUUCCUUGUAAUCCUAUAUCCCAUUAAUAUGAGCAGAAGGGUGGUCCUGACGUGGGUGAGCUGAUGACAAUGCUAGACCAUGACGGUGAUGGCGCUGUGGACUUCAAGGAGUACAUCACCCUGAUUUAA